AUGCCACCACGAUUGAAAUCAAAAAAAUCUCGUAAGGCUCUUGAACGGAGCGAAAGGAAAUUACUAGAAGCCAAAAUAAAGGCGUCUCAAUGCAAACUUGAAGAAGGACAAGCUUUACUUGAACCAAUCGGUCGCAAUGCAGUACCACACUAUGCAAAAGCUAUCGUUGCUCUCGAAGCGGCGAUAGAAAUUUAUGAUGAAAACGCAAAUGCCUACUUUCUUAUGGGAGAGUGUUAUCGUGGGCAAGGGGAAUUUGAUAAAGCAAUUGAGUACUACACUCAAUGCUUAGGGAGAGACCCCACCAAUGCUAGGGCCAUUGAGGGACGGGCAGGCUGCUACGAAGCGCUGCAAAAGUGGUCACUAGCCUUUGAAAAUUAUACAGCUGUCAUUCACCUUGAACCUGAAAAUGAUCACCUUUAUAACCUUAGAGGGCUCUGCACUUUAAAUACCCGCGUGCCUGGAUUGCGCCUACUUUCCGCAGAUUUUAGUCAAUGCGUCCGUGAUUUUCAAACGGCGAUUCGCCUCAAUGAAGCGAAUUAUUAUGCCUGGGCAAAUCUAGGAAGAACGUACGAAGAUCAAGGCUUGCUAGAAGAGGCAUUGAAAGCCUAUUCAUCUGCUGUAAAGAUAAAGGAAGAUUAUGAGCAGGCGUAUUUGCGUCGAGGUUGUCUUGCGCUGCGCAUGGUAGAGCGUAGUUGGGAAAAAGAUGGCGUUGUAAUAAAUGGUGAGGCUAAAGCCGAAGAAGAAAAUGUUGAAGCCAACUCUGGGGCAAUAUCAAUUCCAAAAUCUGUCGAAAAAGUCGAGGAAGAGGUAAAUUUAGAAGUCGAGGCGGCAGCUCGUCGGAAGCAUGAAGAGGAACUUCUUCAUGGUGCUAUUCAGGAUUUUCAGUUUCUUAUGUCAGACAAAUCGAGGAAAUUGAAAUGGGAUCCAUGCUUGCCCUUGAGUUUGGGCAGCUGCUUUUUGCUACAAAAUGACAUCAACAAGACAGAGGAAGAGUUUAAAACAGUGACGGAGAUCAUCCACGCCCGACCACAGCUGGUUGCAGAUGGAGAGGCAGAGCCGAUUUCGAACGUUGAGGCUAUAGAGAAGGUACUGAAUCUCAAGAAUGAUAUACUGAAGGCAGCUCGAGGUCGACGCUUUUUGGAGGGGAGGAAGCAACAAAAACAGCCACAAAAAAACCAAAUACUCGAUGCGAGGGAAAUGUAA